GUUCAGAUACAGAAAACUCGCCAAAUGAAGUUGUAAUUUUACCUCAAUUCGGUUGUUCUACAUAAGAAGUUCAGCACAACAUUUGCUUUUGCUCCAUAAUAAAUAGUCGGUCUGUAAAAUAAAGGAAUUAAAAGCCUUUUCUGGACGUGUGAAAAAGAAGAUGCACACUGAUCUAUCACCUCACCUGCAUACACCUCAUUGUAAUGAAUUGAUUGAUGCAUUAAAAAAGUGCCACGAGGAUAAUAAAUUUGCCAAAUUUGUGGGAUUUUGCAACGAUUUCGAUAGUGCUGUUGUCAAGUGCUUGAAACAAGAACGCAUAGCUCGUUCUGCAGCCAAUAGAGCAAAGGCGCGUGAAAGACAAGCGGAAUUGAAGAGACUUAUAAACGAGCAACAAUAG